GGUCUCGCGCACGUUGUGUUUUUAUUUACAAAAAUGCAGCGAAAGGAGGCAAAUCCGUUUCAGAGCCUGGGAUUGCGUCCUUGGUUGGUCAAGCAACUGACAAAACUAGGCCUGAAAGGCGCAACGCCCAUCCAACAGAAUUGCAUACCCGCGAUAUUGUCGGGAAAGGACUGCAUUGGCGCAGCCCAGACGGGAUCGGGCAAGACCUUUGCCUUCGCCCUGCCCAUACUGGAGAAGUUGAGCGAGGAGCCUGUGAGCCACUUUGCCUUGGUUCUAACCCCCACACAUGAGUUGGCUUAUCAAAUAUCGGAGCAGUUUCUGGUGGCUGGCCAGCCCAUGGGUGUGCGUGUGUGCGUCGUGUCCGGAGGCACCGACCAGAUGAUCGAGAGCCAGAAGUUAAUGCAGCGUCCCCACAUUGUGGUGGCCAUGCCCGGACGUCUGGCCGAUCACUUAACGGGCUGUGACACGUUUUCAUUCGAUAAUUUAAAAUAUCUCGUUGUCGACGAGGCGGAUCGCAUGCUGAACGGCGACUUUGACGAGAGCCUGGCCAUUAUCGAGAGAUGUUUGCCGAGCACCAGGCAGAACCUUUUCUUCUCCGCCACAAUGAAGGACUUUAUGAAGGAGUCUAGUAUAUUUCCCAUAGCCAAUGAUUGUCUCGAAUGGUCGCAGGACUCUAAUGUGGCCACCGUAGACACUCUGGAUCAGCGAUACUUGCUCUGUGCAGACUACGAUCGUGACAUGGUUCUGAUCGAGUCGCUUCGCAAAUAUCGCGAGGAGAACGAAAACUCGAAUGUCAUGAUAUUCACCAAUACAAAAAAAUACUGUCAACUGCUUUCGAUGACCCUAAAGAGUAUGGACAUUGACAAUGUGUGUCUGCACGGGUUUAUGCGGCAGAAGGAGCGCGUGGCUGCCCUCAGUCGCUUCAAGUCCAAUCACAUUCGCACACUGAUUGCCACGGAUGUGGCUGCGCGCGGCCUGGACAUACCCAGCGUGGAGCUGGUGAUCAAUCACAUGCUGCCAAGAACGCCCAAGGAAUACAUUCACCGCGUGGGUCGGACAGCGAGGGCUGGACGGAAAGGCAUGUCCAUUUCCAUAUUUCGCUUUCCCCGCGACCUGGAACUCCUCGGCGCCAUUGAGGCGGAGAUCAAUACAAAGCUUACAGAGCAUCCAAUAGAUCAGCGGAUGGUGGAGCGAAUUUUCAUGCAGGUGAAUGUGACGCGACGUGAGUCGGAGAUGCAGCUGGACAACAAUGACUUUGACGAGCGUGCCCAAAACUACAGACGCAAAACGUGGAUAAUGGAGGGCAAGGAUCCAGAUGAAAUGGAAGCGCUCUAUCGCAAAAAGCAAAAGGAUAAAUUGAAGGAAAUUCGUCGCAAACGGAAGCUUCAGCAGGCAGAGUCCGCCACUAGUGAAGAGGGCAAGGUGCUCCUACAAGACGAACGUUUCAAGUCCGUGGACAGUGCUCGAUUCGAGAAAAACCGUAAAGCCCGGAGUCAGAGCCGACCCACUAAGGAUGGGAACCAAGAUGUGCCACCAAAGAAGCUGGCCAGAAGCAACCCCAAGGUUUCAUUGGGCAAACAGAAGAAGUUGAAAUCGAAAAGAAGAGUUUAAGAGACAUUUUUAAAUAAAUGUUUGUAGAAUAACAAAAUAA